GCCUGGUGUGCGGAGGUGGACGCUUGGCGUAGGACAGUGGAGAAAUUCUUUUCACGGAACUUGCAUUGUUAUCUGUUGAGAUUUCAGCCUCCAAAAAUUGCGACAUGGCUGAAACUACGAAUCGCGAAUCCAGAUCGCGCACUUCUGACAACUGCUAGCACUACAGGAACAUCAAGGACUACGACAAUAAAUUCAACUACAGCAUCAAGGACAAUAAAUCCGACUACGAAUUAUGAUAUCAAAAGCAACACGAAUAACAUCAAAAGCAACUACAACGCCGUGUCUCUCGGCUUAAGUCAGGCAGAAGUGGAGACUCUGCUGAUGAAUGAGAGUGCGGAGGACGUGAGGAGAUGUAGGGAAGAAAUAGAGCAAAGGUUGUUGAAAGUAUUGGAUGUGUAUGAUACUUUGAAAGCGGACUUGAUGAGCCAGACGAUUACACCAGUUUACAAGGCUCUCGAAGAGCGAGUUCUUUCGGACCUGGCGUGUUUGGAG